AUGCUUGUCCCAGGUGAGAUCCAGAGUCUGCGGAGUGAUGUGAACAAGGUGUUGGAGCAAGCAACCCGUCUCAGCGGGAAAGAAGCGUCCUUGAAGCGGCGAUCCUCCAACCUCGAGCGCUUCUCCAUCCCUGCCUCGCAGCUACAGCUGGAGGCAGAGCCAUUUGCUAAGGGAGGGUCUUGCUUGAUGUAUCGUGCAACCUACUCCAACCAGGCAGUUUGCGCCAAAGUUUUUGACAUGCGAGGAUACAACAUGACUCAGAUGCGCAAAGCUCAGGACAAUUUCUCCAGAGAGAUGGACCUGCUCUGCCGCCUGUCUCACCCCUACGUCCUUCGCAUGUUCGGGAUCUGUACCGACGACCCUACUAGUCCGAUCCUAGUGACCGAACUAGCCCAGGGAGGAGAUUUGCGGGAUCACCUCGACACGUACGGAGUCCCGGCUGAGGCAGAACGUGUUAGAAUCAUGACGGAGCUUGCUUUCGGUCUCGAAUACCUUCAUGCAAAAGAGAUUGCACAUAGGGACUUCAAGAGCUUGAAUGUUCUCUUGACGACAGAGAAUGCUUGCAAGAUUUGUGAUUUUGGGUUGUCAAAAGAAAUAGGAAGCGUCACGACGACAGCAGGAGCAAGCAUCGGUACUCCUGCAUGGUCAGCACCUGAGAUCUUGAAAGGAGAGUGUCAAAAUCCGGAAGAUUACAUCAGAGCAGAUGUGUACAGCUUUGGGGUUGUGUUGUGGGAGAUUGAAACCGCAUUCAUUCCUCACUCUGAAUGCACAAACGCGAUUGAGGUCAUCACCGCCGUCUGCAUCCGACAGAAGAAACUUGAAAUCCCUAGCACGUCAACGAGGAAGAUCUCCGACCUCAUGGCCAGAUGUCUCUGCCACAACAGCAGCGACAGACCCACCAUGACGCAAGUUCUCGAGAUGCUGCGAUAA